CGUGUCUGACAGGGGGUGUUGAAAACCUUUCAAAUGUUUUAUUGUUAAUUUACAUAGAAACAAAACAUGUUAGAAGUUAAAAUGAGAGGCGUUUAAUGUCGUUAAUAUGGCUGCCACUACCUGGAAAAACAGUUAGCUUACUGACACCCCGUAAAUAUUGCUAUUAGUGUGAUUAUGUGGGAGUUUUUAACCAUGUAGCUCAAGUUUAACCCAUACAUUUUUGUAAUGGCUGUUUUGUCCUUUCUGAUGAGUUCGUCGGCUCGUCUAGGGGUUUUCCGUACACAUUUCUGGGAGCUCGCAGUUUGCAAACGGCAAACAUGGUUGUCCCUUUCAGUUCUGCGUUUUUGCACAUCGGAAACUUCUGUUUCAUCAGCCAAUCAUUUUGGUUCUGGUACUGAGAGAUAUAAGGAUUUGCAGAAGUAUUUUAUCAAGAAACUAAAGGCAACAUAUCGCAGGUUCUCCAAUAUAUAUAAUCCCUCAAUGGUCUGUGGACAUCACCACAUGUACUUCAUUGAAGAUGAUGGGAUCUACAGAAUAGACAAAAGAGGAAAUGAACAGAAACCAGAGCUGGUGCUAGAUUUAGAGCAAGUAUCAAGAGAGCACCAUAAGACAAAGCAAAGUAAAGACAGUAAAGAGAGGAUACAGAUGUUUCAGUGGACAGUCCAGAGACUACGUCUGUCUCCGCGAGAAAAAUACCUCGCUGCAACAUUGAAAUGUAGUCACAGUCAUAGAGAAGAACUGAGAAGAUGUGUGGUUGUGAGACUUGGAGAGGAACAUUUUCCUCAUCUGGAUUCCCAACAUGUCGUAAUCACCCUGGAGAAGGUCUUAAGCUUCGAAUGGGCCACAGAUGAAGUCCUGUUUUACACAACUCUAGAAGGUCUACGUUCCAGGGAAGUGUUUCGUCUGGACCUGACGUCCAGUGGAAACAGGUUGACUCCUGUGUAUGAGGAAGCUCAGCCUGACAUGUUUGUGGAGGUUGCCCUGUCCAGAGACAGACGUGUCCUGACCAUCAACUGCAGCAGCAGGACCGGCUCAGAGGUGCUGCUAAGCAAUGUGCAAACAUCCCAUUUCGAGCCUUUUGUUGUUCAGCCUCGGAAGCCGGAGCUUCUGUACUAUGUGGAGCACUGGAGAGGAUGGCUUGUUAUCCUGGCUAAUACCGGGCCAGGACAAGAAUAUCAGGUGUUGCGGACCCCGAUCUCAGAACCAUCCAUGGCCUCUUGGGUGUCGUUGUUCAGGCCUGGUCCUGGCAUGGCUAUCAAAGACAUGGAUGUAGUUGGAGAUCACUGUGUGCUGGUUGUGAGAACACCAGCUAAUGAACUCAGUCUGACUGUGGUUCCUCUGACCCAUCCCAGGGAAACCUACACCGUGGAGCUUCCUGUCUGGGCUUGUGCCAUAGAAACCAAAAGUUCAGGUUUGGCAGACCAACAAAAUGGGUUAAAGUUCCUGAUUUCAUCACCAGUUCAUGAGCCGAUGCCCUACUGUCUGUAUCCUGAGAAUGGACUCCUUUUAUCAGAAUUUGGAAACGGGUCCACUGCAGAGAAGGAAGCCGAGUAUAUCACCACACGCUUUGAAGCCUGCAGCCAAGAUGGUACGUUGGUGCCAGUGACCCUCUUUCAUGUGGUUCCUGUAGAGGGUCUGAGACAAGCUCCUUUGCUGGUCCAUGUAUACGGAGCUUACGGCAGAGAUCUCAACAUGGAGUUCCGCCCAGAGAAAAGACUGAUGUUGGAGCAGGGCUGGGCGCUGGCCUACUGUCACAUCAGAGGUGGAGGGGAGCGCGGCCUCUCUUGGCAGAGACAAGGCCGCGUGGAAGGGAAGCAAAGGGGAGUGGACGACCUCCAAGCGUGUCUCCAUCAUCUUUUUUCCUUGGGAAUCUCUUCUCCUUCACUCACCGCCCUUACAGCCUGCAGUGCUGGAGCUGUGCCAGUUGGAGCACUGUGCAAUGGACACCCAAACAUGAUGCAGGCUGUCACACUGCAGGCUCCUUUUCUGGAUGUGUUGGGAACGAUGGAGGAUCACAGCCAGCCUCUAACUUUAGAGGACAGAGAUGAAUGGGGAGACCCGGUGGGAAACCCGGAGCACAGAGACAUCAUCAGUUCCUACUGCCCCCUUCACAACAUUACUCCAAAGCACUACCCAUCGAUCCUGCUGACAGCCUACAGUGAUGAUCCCAGGGUUCCUCUGGCAGGCGUCCUUAAAUACACUGAACGUCUGAAGACAGCCAUCCAUACGUACUCAAGUGUUAGACCAAUAUCAGACCAUAAACCUGCACCAAACAUAGUUCUGAACAUCCAACCUGGAGAAAAUCAUCUUGGACCAGAAGACUUUGAACAGAUGCUUGAAGAGGAAGCCCUCAGACUUGCAUUUCUAUACACCGAGCUGGGCCUUGACCCUCCACGAGCCCCACGCAAGCGGAGGAGAUAACAACAAGGCUGCAGGGAGGCGGUAACAAUGCUACCAUUGUAGCUCAAAUUUCUAAGAUGACACAGUGAUGCUGAAAUCUAAAACCAUACCUGUGAAAGUAAAAAUGACACAAGUAGCAAGUUCCUCUGUUAUUGUCUGCUUUAUUGUGUGACUGAAGUCUUUAUAGAAGAGAC